GUAAGUUUCUCACCCCCCUGUUUCCUUCUAUUCAGAAUCGAAAAGGGCCAUUUUAUAUUAUCGCCAUUAGUCAAAUUUGUUCUUAGAAGUAUAGUUUUCAAUUUUCAAACUGAUACAUUUAUAAUGAUUCAGAUUUGGGAAGGAAAAAUGCUCGAAAAUAUGUUGCAAGCUGGCGAAGAAGAAAAAAAAAUUGCCAUUGCAAAAGGCAACAUAAAUGCUGAUGGAACACCGUUCAUAACAGUAAUAGUAGAUGGUGGAUGGUGCAAACGAAGCUAUGGAUUCAAUGCGGCUUCUGGAGUUGUGAGUGCAAGUUUACUAUUAUAAUAUAUACAGAUCAUAUUCUUCAAAUUAUUUUGUAUGAUCUGAUCAUCAUUUGGAAUGCUUCAUACAUCAAAAUUUUUCAGGGAGUUAUUAUUGGCUCUGAGACAAAAAAACCACUAUUCUUAGGGGUUAGGAAUAAAGCCUGCUCUGCAUGCUCCUUCUACAGAAACCGCAAUAUACCUCCGAAAUCGCAUAUUUGCGCAAUGAAUUUUAGUGGUCCGUCUACUGGUAUGGAACAAGACAUUAUUGUAGAGGGGUUUUCUAAGAGUAUAGAACACCAUGGGGUUAUGUACAAAUAUUUAAUUGGUGAUGGUGAUUCGAGUGUAUAUGCGAGAGUAGUAGAAAAGGUUUCGUAUGGCAGGGAUGUUGUCAAAAUUCAAUGUGCCAAUCACAUGACUCGUUGUGUGAGUGAUAAACUCCACAGAUUGUCUAAAAACACCUCUUUCAAUAUUUCUAACAGAAAAAUUUUAACUAAAAAAGAUGGCCCUAUUAGUAAUAUUGAAAGAUUAGUCAAGUCUGUUAGAACAAUCGUGAAGAAUAAUGCACAGGACACAGUCAUGUUGAGAAACGAUCUGAGAAAUGCUCUCUACCAUGUUUUUGGAAAUCACAGCAACUGCAGAGAUUCCUACUGUAAAAGGAAAAAUUCCGGGGAAGAAGAUUAUACCAAAAAUAUGACUCCUGAUUUUUUCAUGGAAAUUUUGACAAAUAUAGAGCCCAUGGUACAUAAAGCCGAUAGAUUGAUUUAUAAUGAAACUACGAAUCAAGCGGAAAGGUAUAUGGCUCUUGUUGCAAAAUGUACUGGAGGUAAGAGGGUGAAUUUUAGUGGGUCCGUUUCCUACACAGUUCGGGCUUACGGAGCAGCCCUUUCACAUGCUGCUGGUCCUGCCUGGCACCUACACACUUGGAGAGGUCCUUUAGGGGUCAACACAGAAAAAACUUUCCUUAGGAGGAGGAAAAUUCACGAAAGGAGAAGGGAGAAAUUAUUGAGCACUUCAAGAAAAAGGAAAACUCUCUCCAAUGGCCCUGAUUCCAAUUAUGGUCCAGAUGCUGCCCAACCUGACAUCACUGAGGAAGAAAUGUCCUCCAAGAAGUCAGAAUUUUUAAAUAUUCUCAGAAAUAGAAUAUCUGACUCGUCGAAGUUGAAGGAUUUGGAGGAAAAAACUCGUGGGCAGCAUGACAAUGCACUUUGGAGGCAAUACAGGCAGGACUAUCUAACAUCCUCGAACUUUGGUUCAGUAGUGAAAAGAAAAUCGACUACUCCUUGCCACAAUUUUGUGAAAGUCCUUCUAUAUAAAAAGCAAUUGAAUACCGCUGGAGUACUUUAUGGCAGGAUGAACGAAAGUAAGGCGGUAUCACUAUAUGAACAUUCAAAAAAUAUAAAGGUUACCCGGUGUUCGCGCCACAGCGCUACCGUGAUGAGCUGGACCUGCCAUCUACCGCAUCAUUUGCUUUCUUAGAGCUAUGUAACAUCCACGCGGAAGGAAUCUUCCCUUUACUUUAGUCUUAGUCAUUUACGAACUUAAUCACGAGUCAGUGUUUACAUUUACUACAUAUACAUUCACUCACUUACUCUCUCGAUGUUAAAGAGCAAGUCCAGAUUGUAAAAAGCGUUCAGUUCGAAAAACAAUAAAGUUACCCUUUAAGUGAAAA